GCGACGGGGCCCCUCCCCCUUGCAGCCUGGCGCGCGCCGGCCGGGCCGCACCGCUGCGGGCUCCGCGCGCGCGGGCCAUGUCCGCCUUCUGUCUGGGCUUGGCUGGCCGCGCUUCAGCACCCGCCGAGCCGGACAGCGCCUGCUGCAUGGAGCUGCCCGCCGCGGCCGCGGACGCAGUCGGGAAUCCAGCCGCAGCCGCCGCCGCCGCCGCCGCCGCCCUUGUCUCCUUCCCCGGGGGCCCCGGGGAGCUGGAACUGGCGUUAGAGGAGGAACUGGCGCUGCUGGCGGCCGGGGAACGGCCGUCCGACCCCGGAGAGCAUCCUCAGGCCGAGCCCGGGCCUCCAGCCGUGGGGGCCGAACUGCAGCCGCCGCCCGCCCAGGAUCCCGAGCUGCUGUCGGUGAUCCGGCAGAAGGAGAAGGAUCUGGUCUUGGCGGCCCGACUGGGCAAGGCACUGCUCGAGAGGAACCAGGACAUGAGCCGGCAGUACGAGCAGAUGCAUAAGGAGCUGACAGAUAAGCUAGAGCACUUAGAGCAAGAGAAACACGAACUAAGAAGACGAUUUGAGAACCGAGAAGGGGAGUGGGAAGGGCGUGUGUCCGAGCUGGAGAGUGAUGUGAAACAGCUUCAGGAUGAGUUGGAGAGGCAGCAGGUUCAUCUACGGGAAGCAGAUCGAGAAAAAACACGGGCUGUCCAGGAAUUAUCAGAACAGAACCAAAGGUUAUUGGAUCAACUCAGCAGGGCAUCAGAAGUUGAGAGACAGCUAUCCAUGCAAGUCCAUGCCCUCAGAGAAGACUUUCGGGAGAAAAACUCAUCAACCAACCAGCACAUCAUCCGACUCGAAAGCCUUCAGGCCGAGAUCAAGAUGCUGUCGGAUCGGAAACGGGAGCUGGAGCACCGUCUCAGUGCCACCUUAGAGGAGAAUGACCUGCUCCAAGGGACUGUGGAGGAGCUACAGGACCGGGUGCUGAUCCUGGAGAGGCAGGGCCAUGACAAAGACCUCCAGCUGCAUCAGAGCCAGCUGGAGCUCCAGGAGGUACGGCUCUCCUACCGACAGCUGCAGGUGAAGGUGGAGGAGCUCACCGAGGAGAGGAGUCUGCAGAGCUCUGCAGCCACCAGCACGUCCCUCCUGUCUGAAAUAGAGCAGAGCAUGGAGGCCGAGGAGCUGGAGCAGGAGAGAGAGCAGCUGAGACUGCAGCUCUGGGAAGCCUACUGCCAGGUUCGCUAUCUCUGCUCACACCUUCGAGGAAAUGACAGCGCUGACUCGGCCGUCUCCACGGACUCCUCAAUGGAUGAGUCUUCAGAAACGUCGUCUGCCAAGGAUGUACCAGCAGGCAGCUUGCGCACUGCUCUCAGCGAGCUCAAGAGACUGAUACAGAGCAUUGUGGAUGGCAUGGAGCCCACGAGCUCCCGGAGAAUUGAUGAUGACUCCUUAGAAGAACAGAUAAGGCAGACCAGUGAGGAUUCGAGAGCCCUAAGGGAACUCAUGGAGGGAGAGAGGGGUAAACUGAGGCAAAGCCUAGAAGAGCUGCAGCGGCUCCACAGUCAGGUGACACUGCUGAGUGUGGAGAUGACUGCGUUGAAGGAGGAGAGAGACCGACUCAGAAUGACAUCUGAGGACAAGGAACCAAAGGAGCAGCUUCAGAAGGCCAUCAGGGACCGGGAUGAGGCCAUUGCAAAGAAGAACGCUGUGGAGCUGGAACUCGCCAAGUGCAAGAUGGACAUGAUGUCUCUGAACAGCCAGCUACUGGAUGCCAUUCAGCAGAAACUGAACCUCUCGCAGCAGCUUGAGGCUUGGCAGCUCUGACCAGAAAUUCUGAUAGAAGUUUGUUCCAUAUCGUGACCAGGGGAACAGCCCAGAAACACUUGCGUCUCCGGGCCCGGAGGAGCGUGCUCCGUCAGACAGGACGCUUGGAUCACGAGCCUUCUAAGAACUGGGAGGAAGGAAGUCAUUCAUAAAGGAGGCAGAUGCUGAACUGCAACUUUGGUUUCCUCUGGCAAUUCUGAUUACAGGAACGUGGUUUGUUCUUAUUCCACAGAGGGGAAGAGUUUCUCUUUAAAACUUGACUCCCAGAAGCUCCCUACCGGUCCGAGUCAGGACAGAGCAGGGAGGUGGCUAAUUCGACCCCUGUAACCUCCACAGCAGGUGAGAACACAGGCCUGGCUGCACCCCUCUUGAUACCCGACCUCAGGACA